AUGGCUUUUUCGUCUCAUGGUGCAUUGUAUACAGGAGAAUGGGAAUAUGACGUUUUCUUAUGUUUCAGAGGUGAUGACACCCGCCAUUGUUUUGCAAGCCACCUCAUGGCUGCUCUGGCCGCCAGCCAAAUUCAAGCAUUCAACGAUGCCAUGCUUCACAAGACACAAUCCUUCGACGAGCUCCUGUCUGUCCUCCAAAGGUCCGCGCUUUCAAUUGUGAUUUUCUCCGAGAAAUUCGCUGAUUCUCCCUGGUGCUUGAACGAGGUUGCUACAGUUGCCCAAAGCAUGGCAAAUUUCGGGCAUCGAGCAUUGCCGGUAUUUUACAAGGUUGGUUGGUCUGAUGUGGUGGCGGACUCCGGCAGUUACUCCACUACCAUCGUUGAUAAGCUUAAAGCCAGCUCAGAGGACAACAAGAGAUGGAAGGAUGCUUUGAAAGCAAUUGCUAAUUGUGCUGGGCACACCUCCGAGGAAACUAAGAUUGAAUCUGAAUUGAUUAAGCUAAUAGUAGAAGAUGUUCAGAAGCAGCUAAUAGACAUGUCACCGAGCAUCAAGUCUAACAACUUGGUGGGUAUUGGUCCACGCGUUUUGGAGGUUCAGCGAUUGUUAGCCAUGGAAGAACUAGAUGAUACACGCAUCAUUGGGUUAUGGGGGAUGGGUGGUCUAGGGAAAACAGCUCUGGCCAAAGCUUGCUAUGAUCGGACAGUUUCAUCAAAGAAAGAGAUCAAACAUCAUUUUAUCCGGAACAUCAAUGAAAGUUGUGAAAGCCAAGUUGGCGUUGAAGGAAUAGUGCAGGAUUUGUAUUCAAAGUUGUUGUCUGAGAAGAAUCUAAGUCGUGAAGAUUUAGAUAUGAAAUGUCGAAGAGCACGUCUUUCUCGCUCGAAGGUCUUCAUUGUUCUUGACAAUGUGGAGACUCCUUGUCAAUUAGAGCAACUGCUCUUAGGAGAUGUCUCUAAACACAAUAAGCUCUUCGCCAUGGGGAGCAGAAUUAUCGUGACAACAAGAAAUAAGAAAGUGCUUCAAAAUGCAAUGGCAAGGGUAUAUGCUAUGAAGGCUUUGAGUUAUAAUGAAUCUAUUCGACUCUUUAGCUUGCAUGCAUUCAGGCAAUACUAUCCCCCGGAUGAUUGGAUGCAUCUGUCACACCUUGCAGCAUCAUACUGCAAGGGGAACUCCUUGGCUCUUCGAGUUUUGGGAGGUACAUUGUUUGGUGAAGACAUACAGUAUUGGCAAAAUUUUCUGAGUGGAUUAAGAAGGAUUCAGAAGCCGGAAAUUCAUGACAUUCUUAGAAGAAGCUACAAUAAAUUGGGGGUUCAAGAGAGGAGGCUGUUUUUAGAUGUUGCUUGUCUCCUCAACGGAAUAGCACGAUCCAGACUGAUCAAAUAUAUGGCAGUCACAUGCUCAUCAACAUAUUGUAUUGUGAAGGACUUAAUUGAUAAGUCCCUCUUAAUUUGUAUUUCCUGCAAGGACGGAGAGAAGAUUGAGGUGCAUGAUCUGCUUAAGGAAAUGGCUUGGAACAUUGUCAACGAGGAACAAAAGCUCCGCAAACGCACCAGGCUGGUAGAUCCUGAGGAUAUUCACAAAUUACUGACAACUCAUAAGGUGAAAAAUUGGGCAACAUUCAUUUCAAACCUCUUCAGAGGCAUAGAGAUGGUACUACCAACAAGAAAAAGAAGAAAAGUCAUACACAUGCACGGGGAAGGUAAUUGUACAUUGGAGAAACUUAGAACAACUGAAGGUAUUAGUUUGGAUCUUUCUAAAGCGAAAGAGAUGCAUCUGGAAGCCAAUGCAUUUGAAGGGAUGGAUUCUCUUACGUUUCUCAAUUUCUGGUUGCCGAUAAAUGCUAUGUCUAACCGUUCAGCGAGGGACAACAAAUUCCUUUUGCCAUAUGGUGGCCUUGACUCUCUUCCUGGCGGUUUGAGAUGGCUGCAUUGGGAUCAAUAUCCUUCCAAAUCACUACCUUUGAGAUUUUAUCCCCAACAUCUCGUCCAUCUUAUUAUACGAGAUAGUCCAAUUAAAAGACUCUGGCAAGGAUUUGACCAACCAUUGCUGGUGAAUCUGAUGGUGCUCAAUCUCUCCUAUUGCGCAAGUCUACUUGUGAUCCCUGAUCUCUCAAAGUCUUCAAAACUUGAGGAACUCCUACUCCGGGAGUGUAAAAGCCUAGUUGAAGUACCCUCUCAAGUUCGAUAUCUGGACAGGUUGAUAGCAAUUGACCUUGGAUAUUGUGUGAACCUCAAGCAUCUUCCAUCAAAAUUCAACUCAAAGUUCCUCAAGAAUGUUUGGAUGGACCAUUGUCCUAAUGUGAAGCAUUGUCCAGACAUGAAUUCAGGAGAGUUGAUGGAAUUGGAUUUAAACGAGACACCUGUAAUAGAGCCGCCGGAAGCAAUUUACCAUGUCAAGCAAGGUGGCAUCCUUCGUCUCUGUGGCAAACACUUCGCCAACUUCCCAGCUAUCUCAGCAAGAUUGCAGGAAUUUCAUCUGUGUCAUUCUGCAAUAAAAGAUAUAAAUCCUUAUGGUCAUCAUCAGGCUUCUUCUGAGUUAUUGCCGGAAUUUGGCUGGUUGGAGUUGGUCGGUAACUUGCAAUGUAAGAGCCUGCCAAAGAAUAUAUGGAACAUGGUCUCUUCUCUUCUUACCAUCAGGCACAGUCCAUUGCUUGAAAAUUUGCCAGAGAUCUCAGAGCCUGUGAGUGGUCUAUCCUAUCUUUCAAUAAUUCGUUGUGAAAGCAUCAAAAGCAUCCCAUCUAGCAUCAACAAUUUGGUAUCUCUAAGUUAUCUCGGUUUGAGAAACACCGGCAUUAAAUCAUUGCCUUCCUCUAUCCAAGAAUUGGAUCAACUCAAUUCAAUAGACCUGAGCUACUGCAAAAGCCUCGAGCAUAUCCCCAGUAAUAUCCAGAAACUACCCAAGCUAUACGGCUUGUACUUGAGGGGUUGUCGAAGUAUUUCGUCUUUGCCGGAACUUCCAUCAAAUCUCUCUAUUUUGGAUGUUGGUGGUUGCAAGUCAUUGCAAGCUCUACCAAGCAACGCCAGUAAGCUGAGUUGGGAGAGCCUCAGGUUUUACAACUGCCCAGAAUUGGACAGGACGUUUCCUGAUGAAAUCGUGGCAAAUUACCCAGUCUAUGCAACGUUGCCUCGACGUUGCAAGGCCGAGCUUCAAUAUCUGGGGAGCGAUAUUCCAGAAUGGUUUUCUUCCAAGAGCGCGAAUGGAAAUGACGGUUCAUCUGUGAUGGUUCAUUUGCCUCCCUCCAACGGCAGCAGUGAGCGACCAAUGCUCAAGGGCAUUGCAUUCGGCGUGGUUUGGUUUUCCGAUUCUUUCUGUGUUUGGCCGACGAUGAAAUGUGAUUGUUCCAUCGGCACCAUCACCGUUGCCUCUUGGAGCUCGUGCCAUUUUUCUUUGGACGGGGAUGGCACGAACUCAUCAGACAAAGUGUUCCUAUGGUUCGACCAGAAUUUAUCAGGUAAGAGCAAGGAAAGAGAAGGAAAAGGAGAAGAAGAAGCAUGGUAUGUGAAAUAUGCCGGGCUCGCUGUUUCGUUCCGGUUCUAUCCUCGUUUAGGAUACGGAGAAGAUGUCAAGCAACUGGAGAACUUCAAAAUCAAGAGAUGUGGCGUCUCUCUAAUGUACUAAGUCUCCAAAUCGUUCUGUUGCCAAUUUUCAGGGUUUUCAGUUGCAUAUAUAAAGUCCACUAGGAGUGGACUUCAAGUCAGCACGAAACAAUCCAAGGCAGGACUUAGGUCGAAGAGAAGCUUGCGCGCCAAGGAAGUGUCGCAGCUCUGUUCUGCUUUUUUCCUUCCAAACAUGAAGAGAUUGGUCGUUGGUAUUAUUCUAAAGGAAGUCCAACUUCCUUGUUUGCCAUGCCGAUUAACCCUCGCCGCCUCUUCGGCCACGGCCGUCCCGACGCCGCCGACAAGGAUUCUCGGCCCUCCUUCAGUGGCGGGGCUGAUGCGGCCGGAAUACACACUCCCUGCUUCCCCGCCGAUGGGUUUGACGGAGAACUUCUCACCCACCUACCUUUCCACCGGCAACCCCUGCCUCGAUUUCUUCUUCCACGUCGUCCCCGACACUCCCGCCGGCAGUCUGGUCGACCGGCUCGCCUCGGCCUGGGCUCACGAUCCCCUGACCACGCUCAAGCUGAUCGGCAAUCUGCGAGGGGUCAGAGGAACGGGGAAAUCGGACAAGCAAGGUUUCUACACGGCGGCGCUCUGGCUCCACGACCACCACCCCAAAACCCUAGCCCUCAACGCCAGGGCAUUCUCCGAAUUGGGGUAUUUCAAGGAUUACGUCGAGAUUCUGUACCGGCUCCUCGGAGGCCCCGACGCGAGGAAGAAAGCGAAGAAAGGCGAACCAGGGAAGAAGGUUCUGGACGCCGCAGAUCCUGUUUCAGUGAGGGCACGGCGCAAGGAGCGAGAGAUCGCGAAAGCGGCCAAGGCGCUGAAGAGGUACAAUUCCGAUCCCGACUAUAGGUUCCUGUUUGAUUCCACCGCGGAUCUGUUCGCCGAUUUGCUGAAAUCGGAUAUGGAGGCUCUGAGAUCCGAGGACUACUGGAACAUCUCCUUGGCGGGCAAGUGGUGCCCGUCGAUCGACUCCUCGUACGACGAACACCUGCUGAUCUGCGAGGCGAUUGCUCGCCGGAUGUUCCCCAAGGAGAGCGACGAGCAGUACCAAGGGAUUGAAGAAGCACAUUAUGCUUAUCGGGUGCGGGACAGGCUGAGGAAGGAGAUUCUGGUCCCUCUCCGAAAAGCGCUCGAGAUUCCGGAGGUGUACAUGUGCGCCGGGGAAUGGAGUUCUCUCCCCUACAACAGAGUUCCUUCCGUGGCGAUGGCGAAUUACUCCGAUCUGUUCCUGAAACACGACAGGGAGAGGUUCCAGGAGUAUCUGGAGAAAGUGAAGUCCAGGAAGGCGAAGAUCGCAGCUGGGGCGCUGCUUCCCCACCAGAUAAUCGCCCAGCUGAAACAUCCUGAGAAAACAGCGGUGGCGGAGCUUCAGUGGGCGAGGCUGGUGGAUGACAUGUCGAGGAAAGGGAAGCUGAGCAACUGCAUUGCCGUCAGCGACGUGUCUGGCAGCAUGAAGGGGACUCCAAUGGAGGUGUCCGUGGCGCUCGGGCUGCUGGUUUCGGAGCUCAGCGAGGAGCCAUGGAAAGGGAAAGUGUUCACGUUCAGCAGCGAUCCGGAGCUUCAUUUGGUGCGGGGGGAGACGCUGAUGGAGAAGACCGAGUUCAUCAGGACGAUGGAUUGGGGGUCGAACACCGAUUUCCAGAAGGUGUUUGAUAAAAUCCUGGACGCCGCGGUGCUGAACAACCUGACGGAGGAUCAACUGGUGAAGCGGGUGUUCGUUUUCAGCGACAUGGAGUUCGACAAGGCGUCGAGGCGAUGGUGGCUGGAGGAGGAGGAGAGGAAUUGGGAAACUGACUAUCAGGCGAUACAGAGGAAGUUUGGGGAGAAAGGGUACAACAGGGUGCCGGAGAUUGUGUUCUGGAACCUGAGGGACUCGUCGGCGACGCCGGUGAUGGGAACGCAGAAUGGGGUGGCGCUGGUGAGUGGAUUCUCGAAGAAUUUGCUGAAGGUGUUCAUGAAGCGAGGUGGGAUUGUGGAUUGCGAUGAUGCGAUGAUGCUAGCCAUUGCUGAUGAGGAAUAUGAGAAGCUUGUGGUGUAUGACUGAGUGAGUGAUUAUGGCGUAGUUACAGUCACAGAGUGCUGGUUUGGAAAUGGUUCUUAGUAUAGUGACUUAAAAUGGAACUAAUAAUAAAUUAGUAUCCCAAACUGAACUACAAGAAUAGAUCAGUGACCUAAUUUGAAAUUUACCGCUUUCUUUCCCCUCUCUCUCACUCUCUCAUUCUCUCUCUUCCUCUGUAUCACACAUCUGUUUUGCAGUUUCCAGCUUCGUUGCCCGAAUAAUAUCCUUCGCCCGCCCACCUACCACCGCCGUGCAUGCACCCUUGCCACCGCUGAGCUGCCCGAGGAGGGGAAGAAGAAAAUGUCGUCGGCGGCGAUUUCCAGUUUCAUACCCCGCGGUAGAGGCGGAAUCUCGGCGACUCCCGCCGAUAUCACCCCCAACAAUCUCCUCACACUACAACGCACUUUCCCGACCUUCGCCUCCAAACCUCCAGAGCUCACCCUUUCCUUCAAAACCCUCUGUUCUUCUUCUUCCCACUCUCCACCGCCGCCUUCUCCGCCGCGGAACAACCCUUCGAAAGCUUUAAUCUCCGUCCUCCGGGCAAUACCGGACUGGUCGGACCGGAUCAAAGAGCGCGGGAUGCGGAAGAACCGGUCCCUCUACACCCCCGAGAAAUGGGUCGAGCACCGGAGCUCCCUCCGCCACGUCCGCCACCUCCUCUCCAGCGCCUCGUCUCGGGUCAUUCUGUCCUUGGUCCCGCCGGUGAUUGCUUUCACCCUGGUGGCAGUGUUUGUUGCUGGGUACAACUCCGCGGUGGAGCUCCAUUUCCUCCCUGGGUUUCUCCCCAUUCUCAGGGCUUCCUCGCUGCCGUAUCAGCUGACGGCUCCGGCGCUGGCGCUUCUGCUGGUGUUCAGGACCGAGGCUUCUUACUCUAGGUACGAAGUGGGUAGGAAGGCUUGGACUAAGGUGGUCUCGGGGACUAAUGAUUUCGCCGGCCAGAUUAUCGCCGCCAGUGUGGAUGGUUCUAGAGAUGAAGCCGUUCUGAAGAAUGCGCUAUUGAAGUAUGUUAUGGCCUUUCCGAUUGCGCUCAAGUGCCAUGUGAUCAAUGGUUCAGACAUUGGCCAAGACCUCCGGCAUGUGCUGGAAGAGGAUGAUCUUGCAGUGGUGCUCAAUUCCAGGAAUCGGCCUAGGUGUCUCAUUGGAUUCAUUUCACAAAGCCUUAGACUACUGAGCUUGGAGGAAACCAAGAGGAAUCUGCUGCAGUCGAAGAUGUCAUGUUUCCACGAGGGGAUCGAUGUGUGCGAAGAACUUAUAGGAAUCCCUAUUCCACUCUCGUAUACUCGCUUAACAUCGAGAUUUCUGGUACUUUGGCAUCUCACCCUUCCUAUAAUCCUUUGGGAUGAUUGCCACUGGAUUGUUGUCCCUGCUACUUUCAUCAGCGCGGCUUCCUUGUUCUGCAUAGAAGAGGUUGGUGUUCUGAUUGAGGAGCCAUUUCCUAUGUUGGCACUGGAUGAGCUGUGCGAUCUAGUUUGCCGAAACAUUCAUGAAGCUGUUGCCAAUGAUAAAGCCAUUCAAGCACACCUUGUUGCAAAAAAGAAGAUCCGGCCUCAUCGUGAGCACUCAACAAAUGGUUGGCCAAACUCCUAAGUAACUGCUUGGAAUUGCGCCUGCAAGAUAUCAUCUUGAAUGGUAACUCUUCACGGAAACUUGGUCACAGAAGCCACUAAAACUCCACGAGAGGCUGCUGCAGUUUUGUCACCCUCAAAUCUUUGUUAUCAGCUGAAUCUCAUGCUCUAGACUAAUGUAUAUAUGUAACAGUGUUAGUGGUGAAGUAGUCUGUAUAUAUAGAGAGAGAUCAGCAACUCAGUGGCAUAAUCUUUUAGUGUGUAUACAGAACUAAAGUGGCACCAGACAGAAUAAACACGGGUCAAUUUGGACAGUUGGAGAUGCAAUUGACGCAAAUUGUUGAGUCUCCUUCGGAUGAAGGAAGCUGCCAAGACCAAGACCAGACCCACGAGGUGUCUGUCUGCAAACUGGAAUCAGCAAUAUGAAAUCCUCAGGCAGGUUUUCCAAUCUAUUGAUGUGGCUAUUAUACAAGUUCACUUGGAAUGGAUCUCACACCUGCAAAUAAUUGUACUGAACUGAUCAGUGAUGUGUAGAAACAUUUGAGUACUUUUCCGUAAAUGUCCAUAUCUAUAAAAAGCAUGGAAUCGGAUUCCAGAAACGGAAUCAGUUGGGAAAUUAAAACAGAAUUUCUCUCUUCUUCUUCUCAGCUAAUUUGAGCAUCUCCCGCCGGGGAUAAUCGAUCCGGCGGUGCCUGCCGAUCACUUUCGCCGAUGAGGUCCACCGUAUCAUCAUCGUCCCUCCUUCCAUCUCACUUCCUUCACAGACCUCACAAGACCGCUCUUCUGCCGCUCCCCCGCCGGGAUUUACUCGCUGAACGGAAUGGAACGUUCCCGAAGACCUCGCCGCGUAAUCCGCUCGCGGUUUCAUCGCCGGUGAAUCGAAUUGUUAUUGCCGCCGCCGCCGUCACCCCUGCCUCGCCGCAAAUCGAAGAAGAUGCUUCGUCUGCCUCGGUUCCUUCGGGCGCCGACGUGGUGAGGAGAUUCUACGACGGAAUCAACCGCCGGGAUCUGGAUUCCGUCGAGGGGCUCAUCGCCGAGAAGUGCGUGUACGAGGACCUUAUCUUCCCCAAUCCCUUCGUUGGCCGUAAGGCGAUCAUGGAGUUCUUCAACAAGUUCGUCGACUCGAUCAGCGGGGAUCUCCAAUUCGCCAUUGACGAUAUCUCGGCUGAUGAUUCCUUAGCCGUUGGAGUCACCUGGCAUCUGGAAUGGAAGGGGAAGCCUUUCCCAUUCAGUAAAGGUUGCAGCUUUUACCGUCUGGAGGUUAACAAUGGCCAGCGACAGAUAAUUUACGCGAGGGAUAGCGUGGAGCCUGCUCUGAAGCCCGGAGAGGCAGCAUUGACAGCUAUCAGGGGAGUGACUUGGUUGCUGCAGCAGUUUCCGCAGCUGGCAGAUCGGCUUCCACAAUGACUCUCUCCAAAGACGAAUCAUCGUGUGAGAGGUUCCAUUGAAUGUGUAUAGACUAUGCAUAGAUACAUAAAGCCUUUUACUGUAUGUAGGAUGUAAAUUUUUGGUCAUGAAAAAUAGCAUCCUGUAAUAGCCUGGGGUACAUUUUGUAAUGUGAAUAUGUUCCAAGAUGUUUAUGUAUGGUUAUGUAAGAGAAUAGAAGAUCGAUAUAAAGAUCCAUCUUUGAUCUCUUAAAACCAUGUGAGCGAGCCAUUGAUAUCGAAGAUCGAUGCGUUUCUGUUGGCUGACACGAUCCUCAUCAACGAUGCUUGAAUAUCGAUUCAGCGAAGAAAAAACUGAGUUAUUAAGGUCAACUGAUGUUUCAACACGACAUCGAUGUAAUUCAAUUUAACAAUGCUUGUUAGCUUACCAUCAAUUCCGCCUACCCUGUUUUGAGAAAGAAUGAAGA